GGAAAAGUGUCAGGUUCAAAUAGCCACGUCUUCCUUGUCCCAGCCGGGCGUGGGGGCGUGACAUAUUAGCCGCCUCCCUCUCACUUCCCGCCCAGCGUUCGGAGCUACGUAGCACAAGUUCAUUGAGCGAACGGAGCUGGUAGAUAGGAGGGACGGAGUCCUGCCGGCCUUCUUUCGGACGAGGUGUCCAUACACACAUACACCGGCCUUCGCCAUGAUCCCGCUCCGUAAUCUGCUCCUGCUUGUCCUCCUGGCCUUCCCUGUUACGCUUAUCGGCAACAGCAAAGGUCCUCUAGUUGCUGCCCAAGAUGCCACGGAAGAUGAAGAGGCAAUUGAUGAUUCGGUAGUAGAGGAAGAUGAUGAUGAAGCUGAAGUUGAGGAGGAUGAUACGACAGACCUGACAGAAGAAAAAGAGGAAGAGGAAGACUUAAGUUCUGGGGAGCCAAAAGCUUCCCUCAAUGCUGAUACCACUAUUCUUUUUGUAAAAGGCGAAGAUUUCCCAGCUAAUGAUAUUGUUAAGUUCUUGGUGGGUUUUACCAACAAGGGGCCAGAGAAUUUCAUCAUUGAGUCACUGGAUGCCUCAUUCAGAUACCCUCAGGACUACCAGUUCUACAUUCAGAAUUUUACAGCUCUGCCUUUAAACACUGUUGUACCCCCACAAAAACAGGCCACAUUUGAAUAUUCCUUCAUUCCCGCUGAGCCCAUGGGAGGACGCCCUUUUGGACUUGUCAUCAAUUUGAACUAUAAAGAUGCAAAUGGAAAUGCUUUCCAAGAUGCUGUCUUCAAUCAGACCGUUACUAUUAUUGAGAAGGAGGAUGGGCUGGAUGGGGAAACGAUAUUCAUGUACCUGUUCCUUGGUGGGCUUGGAUUGCUUGUGGUCGUUGGUCUGCAUCAGCUGCUGGAAUCCAGAAAGAGAAAGAGACCUGCUCAGAAAGUGGAGAUGGGCACUUCUAACCAAAAUGAUGUGGAUAUGAGUUGGAUUCCCCCUGAGACUUUGAGCCAGAUCAAUAAGGCUUCCCCAAGAAGGUCUCCUCGCAAACGAGGCCCCAAAAGACCGGCAGGAUCUGAUGAAUAAAAAGACUUUUUGCUCUGCAAUUUAUUUUGUCCACUAAUUUUGCUCUCCUGCUAUCCAAGACGGUUACCACACUAAAUCCAUGCUGGCAGCAUCAAGUAGGAAAGAAAGACUUACCCAUUGAACAAACAUUUUCUCUCUCGAUGAUCCCCCCCCCCCCCCCACACACACACAGUUGGUCGAAUUUCUGAUUAAAACAUCAUCUGAAUGUUACAGUGAAAAAGCCAGUGUCCAGUAUGUGUGCAGCUCAACUGGCAGAAUGGGGUUGAUUUUUGCAUAUGCUCCUUACCUCCUUUUUGUUUCUAUAUGCCCAGCAACUGUCGGUGACUGAUUUUGUCUAUAGAUGAAUCUGGGAUUUCUCGGCAUGGCUGAGCUAAAUUGUGUUUCCUCAAAGACUUUUGCUUCCAUCUGUGUGUCUGGGAUUCCUGCAGUUUGAUGUGACAGAUCACUUGUUUAUUGGAGCCUUUAUGCUGCUAAUCAUUUUUACUACAAGGAGAGUAACGCUAAAGUUUGGCUGCGGCCAUGAAUGCACCAGCUGACGCUUCAUAAAGCUCCAUAUGAUGAAGCUAUUCCCACAGCAGCAAAACUUUUGAUUUCAGAUAUAUUUAUGCCAAAUUUUCCUCAGAUGUUUGUAAUACAGGGGGGCAGGAGGGGACUAAGAACAGAAUUUGCUGUACAGAAUUUGUGCAGAGUUUUAAAGGUAAGAUGCAUUGUGUUUGGGGGGAAAAAGCAAUGCCCACAUAAAGCCCCAUGAUGGCUGCUUUUUUUUUUUUUUUGUUUUGUUUUUUUGAGGGGGAUUUUUUUGUAAUGGAGGAAUUGGCUUGAACGUUGUUUGCCUAUGUGUACAAAAGAAUACAUUCUUCAAUAAAAUAUCAAAGCUU